GGCUCCCGGGGAGCAGGCGGCUGGCGGCAGUGAGCUCAGGCCAGGGCAGAGCGGGUGGCCGUGACAGGCGACGCAAGCCGACAUCCUCUCCCCUGUGCGGCGCACCACCGGCUCCACGAUGGAACCCGCCGUGUCGCUGGCCGUGUGCGCGCUCCUCUUCCUGCUCUGGAUCCGCGUGAAGGGGCUGGAGUUCGUGCUCAUUCACCAGCGCUGGGUGUUCGUGUGCCUCUUCCUCCUGCCGCUCUCGCUCAUCUUCGACAUCUACUACUAUGUGCGCGCCUGGGUGGUGUUCAAGCUCAGCAGCGCGCCGCGGCUGCACGAGCAGCGUGUGCGGGACAUCCAGAAGCAGGUACGGGAAUGGAAGGAGCAGGGCAGCAAGACCUUCAUGUGCACAGGGCGCCCUGGCUGGCUCACUGUCUCACUGCGGGUUGGAAAGUACAAGAAGACACACAAAAACAUCAUGAUCAACCUGAUGGACAUUCUAGAGGUGGACACCAAGAAACAGAUUGUCCGCGUGGAGCCCUUGGUGACCAUGGGUCAGGUGACCGCUCUGCUGACCUCCAUUGGCUGGACUCUGCCUGUGUUGCCAGAACUGGAUGACCUUACAGUGGGAGGGUUGAUCAUGGGCACGGGCAUCGAGUCUUCAUCCCACAAGUAUGGCCUGUUCCAACACAUCUGCACAGCCUACGAGCUGGUCCUGGCCGAUGGCAGCUUUGUCCGAUGCACACCGUCAGAAAACUCAGACCUGUUCUACGCUGUGCCCUGGUCCUGUGGGACUCUGGGCUUCCUGGUGGCCGCCGAGAUCCGUAUCAUCCCUGCCAAGAAGUACGUCAAGUUGCGGUUUGAGCCGGUGUAUGGCCUGGAGGCCAUCUGUGACAAGUUCACCCGCGAGUCCCAGCGGCUGGAGAACCACUUUGUGGAAGGGCUGCUCUAUUCCCUGGAUGAGGCUGUCAUCAUGACGGGAGUCAUGACGGACGAUAUAGAGCCCAGCAAGCUGAAUAGCAUUGGCAACUACUACAAGCCGUGGUUCUUCAAGCACGUGGAGAACUACCUGAAGACGCACCGAGAGGGCCUGGAGUACGUCCCCCUGAGACACUACUACCACCGCCACACACGCAGCAUCUUCUGGGAGCUCCAGGACAUCAUCCCCUUUGGCAACAAUCCCAUCUUUCGCUACCUCUUUGGUUGGAUGGUGCCUCCCAAGAUCUCCCUCCUGAAGCUGACCCAGGGCGAGACGCUGCGCAAGCUGUACGAGCAGCACCACGUGGUGCAGGACAUGCUGGUGCCCAUGAAGUGCCUGCCUCAAGCUCUGCAGACCUUCCACAGCGACAUCCACGUCUACCCCAUAUGGCUGUGCCCGUUCAUCCUUCCCAGCCAGCCCGGCCUGGUGCACCCCAAGGGAGACGAGACCGAGCUCUAUGUUGACAUUGGUGCCUACGGUGAGCCGCGUGUGAAACACUUUGAAGCCAGGUCCUGCAUGAGGCAGUUGGAGAAAUUCGUCCGAAGUGUGCAUGGGUUCCAGAUGCUGUAUGCCGACUGCUACAUGGACCGGGAGGAGUUCUGGGAGAUGUUCGACGGCUCCCUGUACCACAGGCUGCGGAAGCAGCUCGGCUGCCAAGAUGCCUUUCCCGAGGUGUACGACAAGAUCUGCAAGGCGGCCAGGCACUGAGCCGAGCUCGCCUGGAAGGGGGUGGGCCCGCGGGCGCACCUGGUCCCCAGGGCCAGGAGGCAUCCUCCCUGCUCUCAAGCUUAGCUGCUCUGCCAGAUCCACACUUUCAGAAAGAAACCCCUCCAGGAAUCCCGCCCAGACAGCCCCACUGGCUUGCUCCCAGCUUCCGGGGCAGCCAGGUGUGGUGGGAAGGACGUGGGAUUUGGAGUCAGAGAAACCAGAGUCCACUUCCCAGUUCAGCCACUCAUUAGCUCUGUGACUCUGGGCGGUCACUCAACCCCUCUGAGCCCGGCUCCUCUUCUGUUGAAAGAGGAGUAAUGCUAUCUGCCUGUUGGCUGUCAUCAUGGCUUCCUGCUCAGCAACACAUCUGACUAUGGUGCUUGGGACUCAGCAGUUGAGUCCGGUAAGGCUCUGUGUUAGGUCAGCUGGGCUCAGGUUUGGCUGGAAUGAAGAGGGUGCCCUGGGCUUGUGCUGCCAUUGCCCGACAGCCAGAGGAGCUCCUCAUGGAGAGAAGGAAGGAAGGUUCCUCUUCAUCCCUGGGGUCUCGGGAGGGCAGCAGAUGGGGUGGGCAGGCCCAAGAUAUGCUGUGCCAAAGCCAGGUCCAAUUCCAAAGUUCUCUCUGUCGUCCUUGGUGGUGUCCUACCCCUUCCUCCUUCACGCUCAGGCCUGUGGGCUCCCCGCGGCCAUUGCCUGAGUCUAUCAGAGAGGAUCAAAUCCUUGGAGAGGACACUUCAGGGUUGACUUCUGUCCCUGCCUAGGUCUGGGACACCUGCCCAGGUAGAGUGAGUGGUUUCUGCUCUGAAUUGAAUCCAGAAGACCUGGGCUCCUUGGCUCUUCACCCUCGAUGCCUAUUGUCCCCAAGACCUGCCUUGUUGUAUGUGGUUGGGUGUGUCCUCUGCUCCGCAGUGGGGGUGGGAGUCAGGGGGGUGGACCACACCAAGCAGGGAAAUGGAGCCCACCGUUCUUAAAGGUUUCGUGAGGAUCCUCACUGCUGACCGCGGGGCUGAAGAAAAGAACAUCGACUUGAUUUCUCACCACUCAUCCCCCUGUUUUUUCUUUCUCCCCCCACCCUCAGCUGUAGUUAAUUUUAGUGCCUUAUAAAUCCUAAACUCAGAGAAAAGUUCGCUCCAUUUCCGUUCCAGAGGGAAGGGAAGCUUCCUAGGUCCCUGCCCACCCGUUAAAGCUUGGUUGUUUAUGCAACUCCAUCUCAAGAACUGCCCAGCCUCAGCUGAGAACCCAGAAUCAGAAUUGUUGUGUAAGGAAGCUGGGAUUAAGUGAGUUAAGUGAGCUGUGACAGGCAGUGACAUUCAGAAAGAGAGAGGGAUCCCUGCCCCGGGAGCCAGGAGGCCUAGGUUUCAGUCCCUGCUGUAUUGUCCACCCAUGGGCAAGUCAUUUGUCCGUCUGAACUACAGUUUCCUCAUCUGUCACAUCAGUGUGAACAGGGCAAUCCAAGGCCCUUCUGCCUUAGAAGUGCACAGCUGUCUUAGACACCAGGGUUGCAAAACCCAUGAAAAGCCUUGUUUGUGUGGAAAAGUCAGAGGGAACAUAAAUGAUGCCAGUGGACACUUGGGCAUUGUUUGUCAUUUAAGGUCAAGCCAGGGCCAGCUCUUAUCUCAUUUUCAGAAAGGCGCACCUGUGGUCUGGAAGGAGGCGUCAGACUUGGCACUGCAGGUUGCUACAGUCCUCACAGAUUCCCGCUCUGGCUGACGAGGCUUCCCAUCCCCGCCCUGGGCUCGGCCCACUGUGGUGUCUCCCCGUGAGCCUAGGCAGCCUGGCACAUUCAGGGCACUCAGAAGGCAGAGGAACCACUCUUACCCAUUUGGCCUCUGGAGGGGGCAUAAGAAAAAAUAAGAAACCUCAUUCUCUCCCUUGAAUGCAAAGCAUGUGAAUUCUGGCGUAAGCUCUCCUAGUGGGCCCAUGUGCUUCUUGCUCGGCACUAAGCUGAUGAUCCUGCUUGCUGUAGAGGAACGGUUAACCCGAGCUAGACUAGCCCAACAGAUAAGGCCCAUGGUGUCCCAGUGGGGCCUCCAUCCCUGGGCCUCCAGGAGUGUGGCCAGAGAUGCCAGCAGCCUCUGUUGUCCUCAGUCCCAGAAACCAAAAUCCUGCGCUUCACCUGGAACCUGGGGCUUGGAAGGGAGGGUCUUGGGGUCACACCAGCCUCAGGUUAGUCUUUUGCUUCAGUAAUAUCUUGCCUGGAAAGGGACAGUCUUCCAAGCAUGCUGAGCUGAGUUACCAGCUCUUUCCUGUAGCCAGUCUUGUCACUCUCCGUCCAAGUGGUGGUUUCAGGUGGAAUUAAACUUAGCACAUGGUGUGGGGAGUGGGGAUGCAUAGAGGCCAGUGCGUGUGGAAAGUACAGGAAGAGGCCUGUCCCCUCCAGAGCCCCGAGUUUCUUGGCUGCAUGGUUUUCUGUGAAAUUGGGAUUGUAGCCAGUUUCUUUGGCUGGAAGGACGCAUAAUUUAAUCGGCUAUUACUAAAAGGGAAGGGAGUUGGGGGGGAGUGGGUGUGGCAGUGUACGGUGUGUGAUUUUUGACUUUUUCCUUAAUCAAAGGGACCGUGGAGAAAGGCAUGGUUCCCCCAGCAGGCUGUUGCAGCUGCAGGCGCUGUGCCUACUGUCUGGAAUACUUUGUAUCCCUGUGGCUGUGUGGCCACUGCUUCUGUAAAAAUUAAAGUGUGACCUGGAAAGUA